AUGGAAGAGGUGUCAGCAGUCCUGGCCAAAAUCCAGCCAAAAUGCUUCUGUCCCGUCUGCCUGGACUACCUCAAGGACCCUGUCACCAUCGACUGCGGCCACAACUUCUGCGACUCCUGCAUCCGCAUGUCAUGGAAGGACCUGCAGGACACAUUCCCUUGUCCCGUGUGCCAACUGGUCCGCCAGGAGAUGCGUGUCAGUGCCAACGCCCAGCUGGGCAGGCUGGUGGGCCUGGCCAAACGCCUGUAUAGCUCCAGGAGCAGCAAGAUGGCAUGGGGAGAGGAGCACAGGCAUGAAGACCACAGGCAGGGGAUGAGCCUCUUCUGCGAGGAUGAUCAGGAGCUGCUAUGUCCCCUGUUUGCCCGGUGUCUUGAUCUUCAGAGUUCUGUGGAAGAGGCCGCAUCCUAUCACAGACAGAGGCUCAACAGGUACAUCAAGUCCCUGAAGAAGCGGUUGGCAAAGGUGCAGAAGCUAAAAGUCACCCAUGAGAGAAAGAUCCUUCAACUGACCGAGGAGGCCAGAAUGCUUAAGAGUCAGCUGGCCUCAGAAUUUGAGCUGCUCACCCAGUUUGUGGAGCAUGAGCAAGAGGCAGCUCUCCGCAGGCUGGCAGAAGAGGAGAAACGCCUGCAGCAGCAGCUCAGGGCCAACCUGGAGGCCUACUCAGACCACAUCUGGGCGCUGAAAGACCUCAGACGGGAGGUGGCGGAGCGGAGCGUGAUGUCCGAGGAGAUGGUGCUGAGGGGGGUGAGGGGCCUGCAGCAGCGCUGGGCAGGCCUGCAGCCCCUGGCCGUGCAGCCCCUGCACUUAAGGCCAGCGGCCUACAGCCUCCCUCCUCUGUGCUCGGCGCUCAGCAGCAUCAUCCGGAGAUUCCGAGAGAGCAUCAGCCUGGACCCCCACACAGCCCAUCCCAGCCUGCGUGUGUCUAAAGAUAAAAAGUCUGUGACCUGGGUGAGGAAAAAUCUCAACCGUGCUUGA